AUGACGGACGCACAGCUCGACGAUGUGAAGGACAUCGACGCCAAACUUGCCAAAGAAGACCUCGCAGUGGAGGAGAUCACGAAGGCGACGGAGCUGUUCAAGCUCCAUAUCCCCCGCAACGAUCAUUACACCCGCAGCGUGGUGGAGAAUACUCGAGAAUUGCCCGCGCAGUUCUUCACAGGCGGCCAGAAGUUUCCGACCAUCAAGUACGAGGAUGGUGAUGUGAGGAACCUUAAGGGUCUCACACUUUACAUGACGAUCAGCGAGAUGUCAACUGCUCCCGCCAUCAAGAUCAAGGCAUCAUACAUGGACAGCACCAUCAGCUCGAGCACUCUCGCAUCCGCGUCCUUCAUCAUCCCCUUCACUGGCACCCGUGCUCUCAAGGAGUUCAAGUUCUCUCAUCACGGGGAGCUUUACGGUUAUGUGUUUGAGAUGAGCUUCAACUGCAACGGUGCCUUCAAAGGAAGCGGUGUCGUUGCGCUCGCUGCCUUCAGCGCCGAUUUCAGCGCCGAGGAUCGGGAAGUCUGGAAGUUUCUUCUCAAAAUGACGACCAGCACUUACACCUCGACGCCGAUGACUUUGAAGUUCUAUCAGCCACAUACUAAAGCUAUCCGGAAGAAGAAGCCUGAGGAUGGCCUUCGCCGCAGGCAGUGGAGUGAGCUCACCAAGGAUGAGCAGGACAAGAUCAUGGCGGACAAUGCUGCCGCCAAUCAAUCUUAUGUCCCAGGCAUCGCGCAACUCGACAAUACCCUCCGUCGGACGUUUGAGCAUCUUCCCAACGGCCCGGAUACAACACACGUUCCCGAGUCCUUCAUGCGCGACCCGUUCUACGCCUUUGCAUCUGCGAGCGGCGGCAUCAAGGUGCAGGCCGACGAGAUGCCGACUCCGUAUCAGCUCAUGGAGAAGAAGUUCAGUGGUCUUCCAGCUCUCAUGUACCCUUUCUUGCCUGUCAACGUCUUCCGCUCGAUUGACGAAUAUCGGGUCAAGAUGGGGCAGGCAGUUGAGGGUGAGCAUCGGGAGACCAAGUACCAGCUCGAGCAGCUUUGUUCGCCGAUGCAGAAGGAAGUUCAGACCACUACACGUGUCAAGACUGAAAUGGUACCGAACCCGCAUCAGAUGCGUCUAUUUCACAUGGGCGACAUUCCUUUCGCCACCAUCAAGCUUAGCCCGUUCAAGGUCCUCAACGAGGAUGCCAAGGUCCCCAUCCGUAUUCCUGGCGGCACCAAGGUCAAGCUGACUUGGCACUCGAGGAAGAGCGAGCAUCUCCAGGAAGCAAAUGGCGUUGUUGUCAGCUUCAAUUUCACUCUCAAGGACUACGACCUUGCUGUCUUGCUCACAGAUCGCAACACUGCUUCCCUCGGCUCCAACGCCACCGAGACUGCACCGCCCGGCGGCAAGGACAAGUCUACCGGUAUGAGCAAGCAAUUCGUUCCCGGCAAAGACAACUACAUGCCGCAUCCGUACGAUGUCACCAUGACAAUCAAGCCAAACGACACGCUGUACAAGCAGAAUAUGGCAACAAUCAACAUCAUGGGAAGCGAUGCAGCAAAGCAGUGGCAUCCAUUCCUGCUCAACCAGCAGCCCAUCGCCGAGCUCGAGGAGAACUUUAAUCCCUCCGAGUGCCCACAGGCGAAGCGAGCCAAUGUUGCAUCAUGGAAUGCCAAGGUGGAUGCUGUCUACGAGCGCAUCAUGAACUGGAAGCCAGACGGUCAACCAGACUUUAAGUGGAAUGCAGAGCAACUCAAGGUGUUGAGUAAAGUGAAGGGUGACACCACGAAGCUCCUCCUAAUCUCUGGCCCAGCUGCAACUGGCAAGACAACUGUGCAACAGGUGAUGGCAUACUAUUUCCUGAGCAUUGGUCUCGAUGUCGUCUUUGACGCGCCCGCCAAUACCAACGUUGUAGACUUCAUGGAGCGCAUGACUGCGAACUUCCCGAGCGUCGAGCCCGUGUGCGCCGCGCCGCGGUCACUCGACUCCAGUCUGAACGAUCAGAGCAGGAACGAUCAGGUGGAGGCCUUGACACCUGGCGAUUUCGCAGAUGAUGUCACCUUCGAUCACCUUGCUUCUAUGCGCCAUGAUGCAGCGAACAAGCAUUUCGCGUCCAAGCGAUUCAACUUGCAGACGAGGGUCUUUGCCGAGGCCAAGAACCACACCGCUACGCGCCUCACACACAGCUUCAAGUACGGCGAGCCAGAGAUCGAGACAGAUGUGUACCAUAAUUUGAGCAGCUGGGGUGAUUUGUACGAGGAUCGCGCACAGGUCACGGACGAGCAGAAGACUGGCUUUGAGAGUGAGGAGAAGGACGAGGAGCACGAUGAUUCUCGCGAACCUACAGAGGAUUCCUUCAGCAUCCCACCAUAUGAUGAGUGCCUUCUACUUUCCGACCGCAUCAUGGAUCCUGCCCUACCCAUGCUGCCAGAGGGCUGGUCUUGCAAGGUACACAAGUCUACCAAUGAGAAGGUUGCGAUCGAGACACUUGUGUACCUUCACACUGAUGGUCGCCAUUCUACCAUGCAUCCGUCCACUAUUGUCAACAAAGACGAGACCAAGGAUGCGUACGACGAGCUUGAGGCAUUCAUCAAGCGCGCCGCAGCCACGCCCAUCAACGAUUGGAUCGACAAGAAGACUGGACUCAAGGAUGAUGAGGCGAUUAAGAAUUUCCACUACGUCUACAAACUCUGCUGCAAGAUCAAGCUUGCCCACACUCGCUUUCUCUGCGGUACUUCUGCCUCUGUUUGCAGCAAGCUCGUGAGAACGAACUGUUUCUCUGGCAAGUAUGGCGCCAGACCGUCGCUGGGCGUUGUCAUCCUCAAGGAGGAGAGUGCCAAGGACACCGAGCCCAACUUUUGGGGAUCCAUCGUGUACAAUUGCUGGGCCAAGCUCGUCGUUUGGGUUGUUGCAUUCGGCGACACAAAGCAGCUGGUACCUGUCGUCACUGGAUCCAGUGGCAUGUACACCACCAGCUACGCGAACGCUCAGCUCAAGAAGUCAUACUUCACUCGCGCAAUUGAGGAGGGCAUGCGCCACUUCGAGCUCGUUGAGCAGUCUCGCAUGCACUCUGCCAUUGUGCGUAUUCCCAACAAGUUCGUUUACGGCGGAAAGCUUAGAACCGCGCCGUGUUGCAACAAGCCACUCGCCAAGUCUCUUCCAAAUUGCAACAGAGUUGUUGAGAAGCUUCGGGACAUGUUCACCGCAUCUGGUAACGAGUAUGCCUUGGAAAUCAACGAGCGCACUUUGCGAAAUCACCACUUCAUUGUGCCCGGUUCAGUGUCUAUGAACCAGACGACCAGUUCCAGAGUGAAUAUGGAGCAGGUCAUGUUCACAGUCAACACGAUCGUACCCGCGAUGCGCAAAAUCUUCGAGACUGACACGCACGACGCAUGCAAGAUCAUCGUCGGCUACGCCGAGGCUGUUGACCGCAUCACAGAGGAGCUCAUCAAGAUCCGCACAGCAGACAAUUCAAUCACUCGCAAUAUGCAGCCCAAAGUUCAGACCAUCGACUCUUCCCAGGGUACCGAGGCCAACUGGAUCUGCUUCAUUCACACCUGCACCGACGCGGAGAAGAAGUCCCAGCUCUUCUUCAUGGCUGAUAAUAAUCGCGUCAACGUGGCCCUCACUCGCGCGAAGGACAUUCAGACAAGUGUUGGAGGUCCGAUGAUGGGCAAGGCGUUCGAUGAUACCGACGUUUCCAAGGUUGCCGACAAGCAACAUAGCCCAUUGCUCUUGUUGGCGAUUAGGCAGCAUGGCGCAGAUAAAACCAGUUUCCUCGUCACGACCCAGAAGCGCAUUCCGAACGACGAGCUGCCAAUGCACCUUCGUGAAUGA